AAAAAUCCCAAAACUAAAAUAAACUGAAUGAAAAUGUAGUUGAAUCAUUCGCGCAACAUACUUCGUACAGAGUACUUUCAUUUAACGAACCAACAAACAUGUUGCACUUUUUCAUAUCCUUCGUAAUUUUCGCGCAAGUGUUCCACAUUUUUGGCAGUGUACCUGUUUCUCAGCAAACCCAAGUAUCACCUAUUCAGGCUGACGGAUACGUACGCACGCCUGGUAUCGGUAGUCACAAGAUUCACAAGCAAGCUACGACGUGGAAUCGAGCUCGAAUAAUAUGCAAAGAAGAAGGUGGUUACCUGGCCGUAAUAAAUUCUCGCCCCGAAUUACAAGCGAUUCUAAAUCUCUACGGUUCUUCAAAACCGCACAAUGGUUCGACGGAUUCUAAUCAUAUUCUGUUGGGUUUUCACGAUCUUUUCGAAGAAGGUCACUUCGUAACAGUUCACGACGAACCGUUAACGGAAACAGGAUUCAACGAGUGGUACGAUACCGAACCGAAUAACGCUUUUGGUAACGAAGAUUGCGGUGCUCUCGUUUUUCACGGUAAAUUAAACGACAUUUCGUGCGAUAAGCCUUUCGCUUUUGCUUGCGAAAUACCGGAAGUCAACGAAGCCUCAUCCGAUAGUUUCUCACAUAACAUUCACUCGAUCAACAUCCGACGAAUAAUCGAGCCGCAAACAAUGUCGCCCUCGUUUUUAACAACUUUCUUUCUCGUGAUUGCAAAAAUUUUCAUCAUCGACGCAUCGCUCAUAUUUCCUCCGCAAAGAACUCAAGAAAUACGAAGCGACUACAGAUACACGCCCGGAAUCGGUGGACAUAAAAUACACGAUAAUGUGGCAAAGUGGAGGGACGCACAAACGAUUUGCGAAGAAGAGGGUGGUAACCUAGCGAUAAUCAAUUCUGCAGACGAAGCUGACGUUAUUCGACGAUUAUUCAGGGAAUCACCCUAUCACCAAGGAUCGACUCAUUCGGGGUACGCUCUGAUUGGAUUCUUUCGGAAUACCGAGGGUGACAAUUUUCUAACGAUACACGGAGAACCGUUGGAAAAUACGGGUUACUUUCGGUGGCAACCGACGGAGCCUAACAAUCUUUAUGGGGAUGAAAAGUGCGGAUCUAUUGGCAGAGACGGACUGCUAAAUGACAUAAGCUGCGAAAAAAAGUUUGGUUUCGUUUGCGAGUUGAUCGAUCCAAAUAUACCCUCUGUUUCGUUGUCAAACGUUGCAUAAAAUUUGUUUUUCACAAAACUAAUUUACGAAAUUUGCAAUAUUAUACAUAGGUAUGUACGCAGAAUUUUAUAAUCUGUAGCGACUUUUGAUAUACUUUUUUUAUUUUUUAUGAUAAAGUACAAUUAAGUGUGUGAAAUACUGAUUCAUUCUGUAACACAAAAGGUAGCUCAUUAGUAACCAGAGGCAGCCUGUGAACAAAAUCUGGUCAGUAAUCAAAGCGAACAAACGAUAAGAAAAUGUGAUAAGUAUUAAAUAUGAAACUCAAAACUA